UUCGCGCGACGAGAGAGGAUCGGAAGACAUGAUGUCGACGGACGUAUCGCUCAGCAGCGCACCGAGCCGCACCAUCUGCGAGGAUGUAAAUAAAGCACCGCUUAGCUGACCAGCUGGCCGAGCGUAAGCACCUCCCGUGCGAAGAGCCGCAAUAUGCGUGUUGCCGAAUGCGUGACGAGCAACUACCAAAGAUGAACGUUCCAUUGUAUGGCGUUCUCGGAGCUGCCGCGAUUCUACUUGUUUACAUCCUCGGCGUGGAAACGCUCGCAAAACUCCUUGUAUGCUUGCUUGCGUUAAUUUUAGGGACAUUGAUCUGUAUAUAUCGAACGUACUCACCGAAUCUCAACAAUGUAAUUAAGUCUGAAAGGGAAGAUAUAACUAAGAAGACUGAAAAGUUCCGGCAGUAUAUAUUAGAUCAGUCUAGGGAGAGGAUGACAUUCACAUUAGAUAGGAGAAUAACUGGUAGCCGUGUCAUUGAUGAAUCCCUGCAAGAAAUCUUGGAUUUCUUAAUCAGAGAUUACGUGGAGCCAUGGUACAGUGUUGUUACAGAUGAUGAAGAGUUCAUCUAUUCUGUUCGAGAUACCGCCCAAAAAAUCGCCAUCAAUGUCGCAAAUAGGGUCAAGAGCGUCGAUUGGAUACCCUACUUGACUACGCGACUCGUUGACGAUGCAGCUUCACAUGUCAGGCUGUAUCGACAAGCAAGCGCGAGGAUGAAGCAAUUACGAUCGAGCAGAAUUCAAAAGGACAGCGCCAGCUCGAGCACGUCAGGUGGAACGCCAAAGAAGACGCCGACUCAUCGCCGGAACAAGAGUGAGACCGAUGUAUCCUGGUACUCACAAUCGAAAUUUUAUAUCCCCAACUUAUCGUCGCUCAUUGAACCGAUCGAAUCAUCUGGCGAAGAGAAGGAAGAUGAGUCGCUGGAAAAGAUAUUCUUUGAUCUCGAAGUCCAGAUGGAAAAUAACCUGAUAUGCAGGGACCUGGUGUGCACGAAUGACACUCAGGAAUUGGAAUUCCUGGGUGAGAUAUCCGAGAUCCUGUUGUACCUGGUGCUACCCAAAGCAGAUUUCGAUUGUUUGACUGUGAGAUUUAUUUUAAGAGAGCUGUUAGUGAACGUUAUAAUCAGACCGUUGUUGGAUCUGUUCUCCGAUCCUGAUUACAUUAAUCAGGCGUGUAUAUGGCUGUGUACUAAGGAGGGUAGUUUACCAAGUGAUAUCUUUUUAACAGUAAUUAGAAUAACGGACAAUUUAGAUGAAUUAAUGGCGACGAAAAAUAUACUCUGUAAAGAAAUAGCACAUUUACGUUCAAAAGAUUCGGGCGGAGACGACGAUCUGUCGGUGAAACAGCAAUUGAACAGCCUGCUUUACGUGAAAAAAAUCUUGGAGACGAGGAUUAUCGGCAUGCAGGAGGGCUUGGAGACAGAAACGGACGGGAUCGGCGCUCAACCGGAAUGGAACAGAUUACUCAUCCCGGGUCAGAAACUAGUUAAUUUGCCGUUAGACGAAUUGCUGAAGAACAAUAUUGCUCUCAGUUAUUUCAUCGAUUAUAUGACCUCCAUAAAUGCGGAGGCGUACCUGUUCUUUUACCUUAAUAUCUACGGAUGGAGAGUCUCGGCCGAGCAACAAAUAUCGGACAUAGAGCUGCAGAAGAUCCAGAGCGCUCAGUCCGGUUCAGGUGUGAUCGGCGCUAAACGCAAAAACGCGGACUUAGACAAUCUGAAGGAGGCGGCCACGAAAAUUUACCAGCAAUAUCUCAGCGACAAGGCAUCGCCCAAAUUGCAACUGGACGACAUGCUGGUGAAAAAUUUGUUGACCAAAACGAAGAUGGAAUCGGUCAAGGAGACGUGGUUCGACGAGCUGAGAAAUUGCUGCUACGAAAAGCUGCAGAAUGAAGACAGAUUCCUGCCGGGCUUCAAAAGAUCGCUGGCUUACGUCAAGUUACUCGCCGAGUUGGAUCUCCUGAAGGAUCCAGUUUCCGAGGACGAUGCAAAAUCCUUGGACAGCAUAAGCCUGUCCAGUACGAACAACGAAUUGGACACCCUGGAAGAAUUGUCCGAGACGAACGACGCGAAACCUGUUUUAACCGUGAAGGAAGGCACUAAGAAAUCGAACUCCUCGUCGAGCUUGGCAAGUAUAGGAGAGGCGAACGAAAAUAGAGCGUCCGACGAGGUCGACGCGGACAUGAGCAAUCUGAAGAGCGCGAAGUAUGGUCGUAAGGAAUCGAUCGCGGAGAUGGAGCAAAUCGGCGAGAAAAAGGACAUUUCGUUUUACGUGGAAACAAACAACGCGGAACAAUUUGUCAAGCUGGACGAGAACAACUACGAUCAGAAUGCAAUUAAAAAACUACAGCAGGGCCGCUUCGAGAUUACUGCCACGAUAAUAGAGACCGGUAUCGUCAACGAUCGCGGGAAAACAUAUGGCAUAUACGCCGUAGCGGUCACGAAAAAUUAUGACUCGGGUUACAAGGAGAAGUGGCAUAUUUACAGACGAUACUCCGACUUCUACGAUCUGCAUCAGAAGAUCAAGGAGAAGUAUUACGAUCUAGCCAAGAUACCUUUUCCCGCGAAAAAGGCUUUUCACAACAUGGAGCGCACCGUGUUGGAAAGACGAAUGUUGAUGUUGAAUGCUUGGUUGUGUCAACUCACAAAACCUGCAAUCGUCGAUGGUCACAUGGGACUGCAGAAUUUGUUAUUAGCCUUCUUGGAGCAAGGAGAUUACGAUAAGGGAGUCACCGGCGGGCAGAUAUCGAGAACGAUAGAUACUUUAAUGAACCCUUUAAAGACGUCCAUGAAAAGCGUGACACAAGCAGUCAAAACAAUGCCAGACAACAUGUUGAGUACAGUUGACGGCGUGAUGGAUAAUCUUAGCAAAUUUUUCGGCAAUCCUAAGAAAACGAGUAUAUUUUACGAGAACACCAAAGUCGGCGCCAGUCUUGAUACAGAGACCGACGACAACAUACCGUUACGAAUUAUGUUGCUACUGAUGGACGAGAUCUUUGAUCUGAAAGUGCGAAAUCAGUGGCUGAGGCGGCGUAUCAUAACGCUGUUACGUCAAAUAAUUCGUACGAUGUUCGGAGACAUAGUUAACAGGAGAAUAGUGGAAUAUGUAUCAUUCUUAACCAGUCCGUCGAAAGUUGCUGGAUAUUUGCGCUUGUUCAAGAAUAGCUUCUGGCCAAACGGCGUAAAAGCCGAAAACAAGCCGCCACGAGACCCGGAAAUGAAGAACAGAACGCGAGUGGCAGCUAAGGUAGCUUUGCUUUCGUGUCUUUCGGACGAACUGAAACAUAUCAUAGGUAGCGAGACGACGAGGCGCGGAUUGUUGAGAGUGUUCGAGCUGUUUCAGCGACCCGUAAACAGAAGACUGUUAUACGUGUUGCUGGAGGGUAUCGCGGAGACCCUGUUCCCGCAGAACAAUCUAGUGACGGUUUUCAGGAAACUGUAUUCGGUGUCGCCGAGAGUGAGGAAUAAAGGCAAAACGAGAUCCUGAUGGAAGAGCAGAACGGACUGAUGUCCGGAUGCAAUAGUACGAGGACAAAAUAACUAGUGAAAUUAAGAAUCUCGAUUUUCAAUAAAUGAUAUAUCGUUUCUUUAGCUUAGAGAUUUACGAUAUCUAGAAAAUACACACUCUCGUGCAAAGUGUCCAAUAUAAGAGAAACAUAUUUAAAAUAUUUGCAUCUAUAACUCAUUGAGCUCUCAUUCGACUUUAUCUUAAGUGUUUCUCUCUCUCUCUCUCUCUCUCUCUCUCUGC